AUGGUCCAGCUCACGAUAUCUGCCGCGUCGAAACCCCCGCCGUUUGCCCGUGGGCUCCCUUUGACGAUUGACGUCGCCCCUGACGCGACAAUUGCCAGUGUGAAAGCGACUAUUGUGGCUAAUUACCCGAAGUUUAAGUCUGCACGCCAACGCAUCACACUGAAAGGGGAAAAGAAGCCACUCAUCGACGAGAUGUCCCUCAGCGACGCAUUUGGUGGGCAGUUCAAGGACGGUGCGGAGCUGCAGGUGAAGGACCUCGGGCCGCAGGUUAGCUGGCGGACGGUGUUCGUCGUGGAAUAUUUCGGGCCGCUACUCGUCCACCCGCUCUUCUACCACUUCCCUCGGCUUUGGUACGGCCAAGAUGUGCAGCAUAGUACGAUUCAAAAAUACGUCUACACGUUCGUCCUGCUCCAUUUCAUAAAGCGCGAAUUCGAGACGUUCUUCGUCCAUCGGUUCUCGCAAGGCACGAUGCCCAUUUCGAACAUUAUCAGGAAUUCGGCACACUACCACAUCCUCGCUGGUGUUUUCCUCGCGUUCGACGUCUACCGCCCAAAAUACUCCGCGACUUCACCCUACAUCGUCAACACCAUCCGGAAUAACGAGACCUUCCUCUGGAUCUGCGCGGGCAUUUGGGCUUUCGCCGAACUCUCCAACCUGCACACCCACCUGACUCUGCGAGCCCUACGACCAGAAGGGACGCGCAAACGCAGCAUUCCGUACGGGUACGGAUUCAACCUCGUCUCGUGCCCCAACUACUUCUUCGAGAUCAUCGGUUGGGCAACAAUCGCCGGCAUGACGAACAGCAUUGCUGGCUACGGUUUCCUCGCUGCUGCCAUCUGGAUCAUGAGUAUUUGGGCUGCGAAGAAGCACAGGAACUACAAAAAGGAUUUCGGCAAGGAAUAUCCUCGAGGACGCAAGAUGCUCUUCCCUUUCGUAUGGUAG